GAAUUUUGUACAUGUUCUGCAUUACUGUGGAACUGGUGAAUCUGUUUGUAGGUAGUUAUUUAUGGUGACUUACCAAUAACGUAUCCAAUAUGUCACCCUUGUUUGUGUUUACUUUGGUGUGUAUUUUUAAUGGAGUGGUGUUUGGUAGGUAUGCAGACAUCGCAUUCGAAACCCAAUCGAAUGAUGGUUGUAUACCAGAUUGUGACAGCGAAAUUUACUGUAAAGGCGUAAAUAAAAAAGGAGAGCACACACUUUUGCACGAUGUUCAGAUGGCUCGUAUAUACGAAGAUGGUACGACAUUCGUCAAAAGCAGAAUGAAGUAUUCGGAAGCUGAAAUCCUAAAGAAGUACGCAGCUGCAAAAGACAAGAAAGCCGAUAAAAAGCUAAGUUCAGCUGAAUUGGAGAAGUUUGUCAGUGAAAACUUCAAAAAUCAAAGUUUACUUAAUGGAACUCUGCCUGAUUACACUGAUAACCCCCCUAUUCUAAAAAAAAUUGAGAACGCGGCUCUGAAAGAAUGGAUCUUAAAACUGAAUCAGCUGUGGAAAACUUUAUCUAGAGAUGUGCCAAAGGAACUUGAACAAGAGGAAAAGUCUAACGAGACAAGACGUUCUUCUUAUGACUACGUACCAAAUACGUUUGUAGUAGCUGGAGGAAGAUUCGAUGAAAUGUACUACUGGGAUACUUAUUGGAUCAUAAAAGGAUUAUUAUCUUGCGGAUUGAAAAAUACUACAAAAGGAAUCAUUGGAAACAUGGUUCAUCUCAUCAAGAAAUACGGGUACAUACCGAAUGGAAACAGGAUAUACUAUUCAAAAAGAUCGCAGCCACCUAUGCUCACCCAAAUGGUUGACACAUAUUACAAAGAGACAAACGAUGAAAGCAUAAUCAAAGACAAUUUGAAAUACUUGGAAUCAGAAUUCGAAUGGUGGUUGAAAAAUCGUAAAGUAGAAGUGAAAAAAGGCGGUAGAACGUACCAUUUGUUCCGUUAUCACGCUGUUGGCUGCUAUCCUCGGGCUGAAUCUUAUAAGGAAGAUUUCGAGCUCCUUGAGAACUACGAGCCCCAAGAUCCAGAGAUAGCGAAAGUUAUCUACGGUGGAAUCAGAUCAGCUGCGGAAUCGGGUUGGGACUUCUCUAGUAGACAUAUGAGGAAUCCAGAAAAUGCCAAAAACAUGCAAGAUGGCUUGAGGGAUAUGAAUCCUGCCCAAUUUGCGUACGUCGAACUGAACAGCAUUUUGUAUUCUAACGCAAAGUUAUUAGGAGAGUGGGAACGUAAAUUUGGAGAUGAAAAGAAAGCAGAUGUAAAUGACAAGUGGGCCAGCAAAUUUUUGGACGCGAUUGAAAAUGUAUUGUGGAAUGAGGAAGUAGGAAUGUGGUUAGAUUACGACAUACUGUCGGGAAAAAGCAGAAAUUACUUCUACGCCAGUAAUUUCGCAGCUUUGUGGAGCAACGCGUACAAAAAGAAUGCCACCAAAGUAGAACUUACUGUAAAAUACCUCGAAAGAAACCAAAUGGUGUUUGGAAAUUUGACAUCCGAGCAUUUUGGACUACCUACAAGCGGUGCCAACGAGUCUAGUUCGAAACAACAGUGGGAUUACCCUAACGUUUGGGCUCCUUUACAAUCUUUCGUCAUUCGAGGAUUAAAAGAAAGCAAUAAUCCGACAGCUGAGAAAGUCGCGUACAACUUAGCUACAUCUUUCAUGAAAACAUCGUACAAAGCGUACGAGAAUGAUAAAGAAAUGUAUGAAAAAUAUAAUGCUUCGGUCUACGGUGAAAAAGGAGGAAAAGGAGAAUAUGGUUGCGCUACUGGUUUUGGUUGGACAAAUGGUCUCGUAUUUGAAUUAUUCAAUUUGUGGAACUGUUUCCCUCUAUCCGAUAACAUUAAAUGUCCGAAUGCUCCGAAGAUUGAAUAGGUAAUUUAGUCCAUUAGACGAUGGAUGCAACUACCUAUACAACACUGAAUUCAUCGUGAUACUGAUGAAUUAUACUCGUAUUUUUACAAUGGAUAUUUAUUUUUAAUUUUAUGUACGCCUGAUACUUCAGUAAUUGGCAAUAAAAACUAUGCAUUUA